CCUCGGUCCAAUGCAAUCCACAUGGCAGAAUACCAACCUUGCCGUCCCGGGGAUGGACCUGGUUCCCGAAAGGUGCGAGAUAGCUGAAGAUGGGCUGAGAUCAUAUUUGAUUGAGCUCUUCUGUCAACUUUCCCUCACUAUCUUGCAUUCAUCUCUACCAAACCACAAAGACAGACGACAUCAAGAUGCCAAUGCAUAAUGGCUGGCUUCCACGAGAAGGUCUCACGGGUGAUCCCAUAGGCCGAUUCAUCAAACGAACUGCCCUGAACCCAGCCCUCACACUUGCAGUUAUCCUUCUUGCACGGUACACCAAAAAGGGUUCAGACCUUUCGAUCCUUCACGAAACAGCUUUUGGCAGAGUCAAAACCUUGUUCUAUCUUGGGCUCGCGCGCAUGGUGUCUGGAUACUUCGAUAGAGGUGUAUUGGACAAUUGGUCUGCAGAUACAUAUGAUUGGGACAAGGAGAUUGUCCUAAUCACUGGAGGUGCUGGAGGAAUUGGUGGACAUGUGGUGAAGUUGCUGGCUGAGAAGGGCAUCAAAGUUGUGGUAUUGGAUGUUAUUCCUAUGACAUUCGAGACUUCAUCCAACGUCUACUACUACAACUGCGACAUUACCUCCCCAUCUACCAUCUCCUCAGUAGCAGCCGAAGUCCGCAAGGAUGUCGGCGAUCCCACAGUCCUUAUCAACAACGCUGGCGUUGCUCGUGGAAAGCAGAUUCUCGAUGCAACUGAGAAAGACGUCCGCUUCACAUUCGAUGUCAACACUCUCUCGCACUAUUGGAUGGCGAAAGAAUUCAUACCCUCAAUGGUUAAGAAGAAUCAUGGCAUGGUCGUUACUAUAGCUUCACUAGCUGCAUAUGUCACUGUGCCGGGUAUGGUGGAUUAUGCAGCCUCAAAGGCUGCUGCAUUGAGCUUCCAUGAAGGUCUGACUGCGGAGUUAAAGACGAAAUACAAUGCCCCCAAAGUCCGGACCGUGGUUGUGAACCAAGGUUAUACCAAGACCCCUCUUUUCCAGGGUUAUCAAAACGACUCUCCAUUCUUGAUGCCGACUCUAGAGCCUGAAACAGUAGCAGAAGCUAUCGUCAAGCAGGUCUUAUCAGGACAUAGCGGACAAGUCAUUGCUCCUGGAUUUGGAACGCUCUUGACGUUUUUCAAAGGAUUUCCGCAUUGGUACCAAAUUCGGACGAGGGCGGCUGGAGAAAAUAUCAUGACGAAGUGGCAUGGGAGACAGGUUAUUGAUGUUGACAAAUGGAAGGGAGCUGAUAAGGAGAAGGAGGGCGGUGAGAGCGCGUCGACGGUGCUGGUACCACCAGCAGAGCAGUAAACACCUUAAAAUUGAGGAUACCACAAAAGGCUGAGAGGGACUAUGUUUUCCAGAUAAUAUUUACUUCCUACGAGUCUGUGCAUGAAGAGAAAUUUAUCGAAAGGUCUAUUUCUUCUUUUGCGCCCAAACAAGAUUGGUCGAAACUCUGUUUUGCACUGUAUGAUAUACCACAAUCUAGUCCAUGCACAAG